GAGACCUGGGACCCGACUGCCUCACGCGGAGAUUUCGUUUUGUCUUUCCAACUGCCGGCGUGCCUGGCGGGAGAGAUGCCCUGCGUGCCACUGGCAGUCAAGGCCCCUGACAACGCCCCCCGGAUUGAAACAAGCUGAGCCAACCAUGACCGGCAAAACACAGACCAGCAACGUCACCAAUAAGAACGACCCUAAGUCCAUCAACUCGCGUGUCUUCAUCGGCAACCUGAACACAGCCAUUGUCAAGAAAGUUGACAUCGAAGCAAUCUUCUCAAAGUAUGGAAAAAUAGUUGGCUGCUCCGUUCACAAAGGUUAUGCGUUUGUACAGUACAUGAGUGAGCGUCACGCAAGAGCGGCAGUGGCUGGAGAAAACGCCAGGAUCAUUGCAGGCCAACCGCUUGAUAUCAAUAUGGCAGGAGAACCAAAACCAUACAGACCAAAACCUGGAAAUAAGAGGCCCAUUUCUGCACUUUACAGACUUGAGUCAAAGGAGCCUUUCCUGUCAGUUGGUGGUUAUGUCUUUGACUAUGAUUACUACAGAGAUGAUUUCUACAAUCGGUUGUUUGAUUACCACGGCCGUGUGCCUCCGCCGCCCCGCGCGGUCAUCCCGCUGAAGCGGCCCCGAGCGGCAGUGACGACCACCCGCCGGGGAAAAGGAGUUUUCUCCAUGAAAGGAGGAUCGAGAUCUGCUGUCAGCGGGUCUUCUUCAUCCGGCUCGAAAUUGAAAUCAGAUGAGUUACAGACAAUCAAGAAAGAAUUAACCCAGAUCAAAACUAAAAUUGACUCCUUGCUAGGGCGCCUGGAGAAGAUUGAGAAGCAGCAGAAGGCGGAGGCUGAAGCUCAGAAGAAGCAGCUGGAAGCGAGCCUAGAGCUGAUCCAGGACGAGUGCGUGUCCGAGAACGCAGAGCACUCGGCGGAGGAGCCGGCAGAGGGGGCGCCGGACGCCGACGGGGAGGAGCUGACCGACGGCGUGGAGGAGGACUUCGACGAGGACGGCGCGCACGAGCUGUUUCUACAGAUAAAGUGAUUUGAAGUAAUGAAUGAUGCCAUCAAAGCAGAAAAGAG